UGCGAUGUCGAGGAAGUGCUUAAGAAAGUCUUGCCCAGAUCGGAAGGUGCGGCCUACUAUCCCGAAUUCGACGCCGCCGGGUUGUACGUCCAAUCUGAAGACGGGCUCAAGGCUUUGUGGCACGUGGAAACAGAGCGAUUGAUGAAAAUUGCUAAGAAUCCGGACACUCCACUGGACUUUUCCAGUAAAAGGUUCCUGCAAGGAGACACUGAAAAGGGCUAUCGCGACUUGUCCAAGUUCUGCCAGAAAGUCUUGACAGCCAUCACAAUCUGUCUUCUCGACAACGAAUGCAUUAACGCAGAGCACUGUGGUCAACUCUCGGAUCACCACAGGCUCUCGAGUCUCAUCAGGCAAGUCUCUAAGGGCCAGGGUGCUGCAGAGAGCUUUGCAAGCAUGGGAGAAUCCGAACCUCAGGAAGACGCAUUACGCAGCCUCGGAGCUACUUACGAGCUGAUCAACUACAUCUCAGCGGUCUUAACGAGACUUAUCGUCCAGACCUCGUCAGGCUCUUAUUGGCAAACAAACGUUCUUAGUGUUCUUAUCAAGCGAAUUACCAAGAUCAAGCUGUUGUUGAUUGACCUGCACGCAAACUCCACAAUCGCCGUCAGGGCCGCAGAGGCCAUCCUGUCCAAAGUUCGCGAAUCUGGUGAUACGCAACAAAAACGGGGCGAAAUGGACGAGGAGGAGGAGUGCGAAGAGUAUAUGCGAAUGGUUGAGGCGAAUGAGAAGGAGGGAACCGCUUCAUUUGAGGACAGCCAGGUAGCGGCUCAUUGUGUCGAGCAGAAUAAGUUUCGCUUUGGACUGAAUUCGGCUUUGAGACAUAUCUUGAUGUCCUUGAGAUUCAUCAACCGCUCUGGCCUUCCAGCAACAUCGUUUGAAAUCUGCGCCGUAGCAUAUGAGACGGGGUUCGAAGGUUUCAAGGCGCUUCUUUUCCAAGAUAGAGAUCUUGAGUAUUCGGCAACAUCGGACCUCGAUAAUAUGAACACUGCACACUCAGCAUUCAAUAUUCUCAACCAGAUAGUCAUGCAUCUCAAGCAUCAAAGCCAUGAGCAUGAAGCCUACACCAAUGGCUUGAAGACGACUUUACAAUGGAGAUACUCUGGAGAUGAAGACAAUCGGUCGGGCCAGGUCGAUAUCGAUCUUGUAGGCUACAGCCAACGUCUACAACUCAACUCCAUGGACGAGGUCAUAACUGUGAUGGUACCUCUGGUUAUGACUUGCCCGGUCUUCUUGUCGGACUUCACCAGCUUCCGACACGUCAUGGCUCUGACAGGCUUCAUCCAAGAUGACGUCCAGCCGCUCGCGGAAGGCAAGUUCGGGGCCUUCUUCCGCAUGUACACCAGUGAAUUCGCCAGUAUGAAGAGGCCGGACGUUCUUCAUCUUUCCGAAGCGCUGGAAUGUGGGUUUUUCUCGCGGUCCGGGUUAGUGCGGAGCUCACACCCUCCGCCAAGAGAACAGCAUGAUGCAACGCAUCGACUCAACGAGCUUAAGAAGCUGACAGAGUAUAUGGAUGAGUGGGUUGUCGAUGAAACGUGCGUAACGGUGUCAUGCCCAGGAUACGUCUGGGGCGUAAUUUUUACAGCCGUAUUAUUUGCAGCAGGCGGCUUGGGCAUUGGCUUCAGUGUCGGCCAACGGAUCAAUGGUGUUGAUCCCUCGAACCUGGCGACCUACCUUUGGGUCGUUGCUGCUUUUAUCGUCUUGGUCGGGAAGAGCAUGAAGGUAAAAGAAUGGACAUGGAACGACUUUCUCCGGAGGCGGGUUCGCUGCUGCUCAGUAUCUGAAUUACAGUCAGUGACGAGGAUAGACGGGCAGCUCAUCAUCGCUAAACUCUUGCAUGAUGAACGACGGGGAAGUGUACUGAACAUCAGGGGCCCUUACAACUCAGCUUUCCUCAGAAGAUCUACCGAAGGAUUUUCGAUCGAUAGGCCUAUCAGCUCGUCAACGCUCUUAAUUAGCGGGUUGACGAUGUUGAAGGUCGUCACGGCUAAAGGGCACGCUUUGGUAUGCCUCGACUUUCGAAGAGGAACAGAUUUGAGAGUCAUCGCCCACACCCCAGAUCCCCGAAAAGAACAUCUGAUCUGUGAGCAAAUCGACAGAUUGCAGCCCGGGGCUAGUGCGACUGCAGAUGGCGCACAGUCUCAGACUAAACACGCCUUUUCGAGGUCCAGCGAGUUGAAAUGGAAAAGGGUACAGGGAAUCUACCCACAGAUGGAUGCCAAGUUUGUAUGA